AGCCAACUCUAUUCACAAAAGCAACAUUAUAUCGUGGAACUUUACAUUCCACAAAAUCCUUCAUUUCAUCCCUCAAAAACUCAACCAAAAAUGCGAUUCAAUAAUUCCGUAGAUAAAAGAAAAGCCCAAAAACCCGUUUGGAUGAGCGUAGACGAAUCGGGCCUAGCCAAGUCCGCUGCAUGGGCAUGGUACGAACGCGGAUCCGGGUCGGAGGGGCGGGAAGUGGAUCUUUGGAGGUCGAAACCGGAGCCUAAACCAUCAAGGUACAAGCUAGAAGCAUUGAGAAAUUUGCAAAGAGAUCAAGAUCAUAUGAAUUCCACUACAAAUUCUCUUCUUGAUAAUUAUGAGAUAGAGAGGAUAUCUAUGGAGCUAAAUCAUUACAUACAAGCUAGUAAUGCUAAGCACCACGGCGGCGGCGACCCCCCCAAUAAUGUUUUCUUGAAAAGGAAGAAUAUGGCAAAAAGGUUUUGGUGGAGACAUGUUCCGGCGUGUGGCUCAUCGAGAAAUGACGUUGUCGAGCCUCGGCCGGUUAUCGGCCGCACUUGAGGUAGGUGGUUUUCAUACACAUUAUUGAUUCAUUUUUACUUAAAUGUGACAAGUAGUGGUUCGAGUCAAUUGUGAUACAGCCUUUAAAUUUCUGUUUAGUUAUCGAUAAAAAAAAUGUGUAUAGUGGAUAUAAAUAAGAAAGCAACUAUACAAUUGCUAAGUGAAUUGCAAUAUAUGUGUACUUAUGCUUUCAAUAGUGACAAAAGUGAAGAGAUUAAGGAAUGA